UAGGAUGACUUAGGAAAUGUUUGUAUAAAGGGUCUUCCUGCGCUUUGAUUGGCUUCUUUUUUUCCCCUUCGCCAUUUCUCUUCCAGUCCCUACGAAUUCCUACAGGAUGAUUGCUCUGCUCCUUCUCGAUUAGCCCCUACCUGGCCUGGAUUUGGGGGGCUCAGUUUGGACACCUCCUGGUUGACACGAAUUCGGUUGGGGUUGACACGGAUAUUCUUUCUUGGCACAUAUUGUCACCGGAGAAUAGCUUUUCCGGCCCCGGAUGGCUACGACACCCGUCUCAUAUCAUACGCCGGUGAGUUUAUUUGAGAGCGGGUGAAACAGCUCGUACAGGUACCGUUAUCCAAACGACGCUCCAUGAAUUGCUGUAUACAUGGAACCUGAUAUCAUACUUCAUGCGGAUCUUCGAUACCACACUCUGGUGUUUGCUAUUUAUAAGAGCACUGUGCUCGUUGUGCCUGUGUCUCGGAUGCUCAACUCUAACUUUAUCUUUUCAUGCAGGAGCCUCUCCACGUGCGCACACUCUCCCCUCCCCUCCUCCCCUUCCCCGCUUAUAACGUGGGAAUCCGCCAAAUUAUCGGUUUUUGCGGACAAGCAGCAGCAGGGUAUUUCAAUAGUGGCUGCUGCUGCAUGUCCGUACCCUACGCUACUUUCACCCACCUAUCCAAUGCUGGCGAUGCGGGACCCAUUGACAUCAAACAAAAAAAAAAAAAAGGUAACUCUGCUGCAGAUACAUUGACGACGACGCAUUAUAGCAAUUGGUGCAAUAAUGGGGAAGGGGCUGAAAGCGGGGAAUUCGUGGCACCAACAACCCGCUGUCGUACCUCCCAGCGUUUCCUCGCUCAAAUGACAAUUUUGCCCCCACCAUUUGGCAGUCCGCCUUGAAACGUUUUAUUCAUUUUAACUUGCACCAACUCUUAUAUUUCCGAAAAAUCUCCCCCCGCAUGGGUUCUAUGCGCCUACCUAACUAACUAACUCCACUUCUCACCUCCCAACAUCCCUCUCAGACAAUAUGUCGACGUUGGUACCUCAGAUCAGAGUGGCCACGCCAACAGCUCCGCCGAUUCCGCAACGCAAGGACAAUCCUGCAGUUGCUAGAUUCUCGCUCACCGGGAAGGUUGCUAUUGGUGGGUAUAUGUGUGGCGGGAGUUUUUUUUCUUCCCCUCCUAAAAGCCCUCUACUGACAAGGCAUAGUUACUGGCGGAACGGGAGGUCUAGGGUUUGAAGCUGCGCGAGCACUCCUGGAACACGAUGUUUCUGGCCUCGCCCUCUUUGAUAUCAACCACGAUGUGGGUCUCCAGGCCGUCGAACGGCUGAAGUCUGGAUUUCCGAAAGCCAAUGUGAUCUUCGAGCUAGUUGAUGUUACGGAUGCGGCACGCGUCAGCGCAGCUGUAAACGUGGUGGAGGAGGAAUUGGGCUGUGUGGAUAUCCUACUUGCAUUUGCGGGAAUUGUUGGGUGUGUUCAUGCAGAAGAUAUGGCGAUGGAGCAAUGGAAUAGGAUAUUGGAGGUUAAUCUCACCGGCUCAUUCCUUUGUGCCCAGGCUGUUGGAAAGUAUGAAGUCUAUCCCGCUUCUGCAAAGCAUGUGUGGUUCACGAGCUGGUCUGUAUCAAUUUCCCGAGUGGUAUUUUUUUUUAAAAAAAAAAGGAAAAGAAAGACACCAAACCAACUCGUGGUCUGGAUGGAAUCCCCGACAUGAUUGAACCCACUACCUGAGUCGUUUUUUUCUUUUUUCUUCCUCUCACAGUUAACACCCCCCGCGAGCUAAUCGAGCUGGGAAAAAAAAAAAAUAGAAAAAUGAUAGAACAGGGCACGGGUGGAUCCAUAGUCCUAAUUGCCUCAAUAUCAGGUCAUACGGCAAACUUCCCGCAGCCGCAGGUCUGUUACAAUGCGUCAAAGGCGGGCGUGAUAAUGACGGCGAAAAGUCUUGCGGCUGAGUGGGGACGAUAUAGGAUUCGUGUGAACACGAUCUCCCCAGGCUACAUGGACACGGUAUUGAACGAGGGGAAGGGAUUGGACGGGCACAAGGCUCAGUGGUAUUCUAGGACGCCAUUGGGACGCAUGGGAGGGAAAGACGAGCUUAAUGGCGCUGUUGUUUUGCUCUGCAGCGAAGCUGGCUCGUUCAUUACGGGCACGGACAUCAAAGUGGACGGUCAGUUUGUCCCUUUCCCUCCAUUCUCCGCCCCCUCAGGCCGUUCCGCAGGUGCUGAGUAAUGGAUACAGGCGGAAUCACCACGUUUUAGAUCACCGGGCCUGGCUUGCGCGUGUUAUAUAGGCAGCGCCUUCCGCACUAUUGGUGGAUGGAGGAUUAUUAUAACCCUUAUGCUAAGCCAAUAGAUUCUUAGGAAGCACAGUUGGAUCAUAGUACAUCACUCGUAUGAUAUAAUGAUUGGACAAUUGGGUGGUUGGACGUGGCUUGUUUGGUAGGGCAUUGCUUAUCAG